AAGAGGGAUUUUUGCUGCAGUUAUUUUAAAAGUUUCGCGGCACGGUACGACUGGCUUACGCACGCGCUUAUUGAAUUAAAUCGGACAGACAUUCCUCUGAAGUUCAUUUACAGACUCACGCAGAAGUUCCUUUGUUUAUGUGUGAUAUUUGACCAUUUUCACAAAGCGGAAUACCAACACUAUAUUAUUAUUUUUUACUAUUACGGAAUUGUGGGAACAUUGUCGUUUUAUACAAGUGAUUUACACUUAUUUACAUUUUAACAAGAAAAUAAUCUUGGCUAAAUAUUCGUAAGAAAGCUUCGGUUGAUCGGCUGCCUGAACCUCUAAUUUUGACACCUGUUGCAUUUGAAUGUGUCAGGGUAAAACACCAUGUUACAGUGUAUGGGAGAACGUAAAUGCUAGCGAAGCAAAUCGCGUAUGAGGGAACCGUCGGAGUGGACUGUAAUAAUUUUUAAAGAGACUUUUCCGAAAUCUGAUGCUGGAUAACUGAAUGAAAAGGACCAACAGAAAGCCAGAAAUGGUCAUAUGUGGAUUAAAAAAUAUCUGCAAAAGAAACCUGUAGCUACUUCUACUUUAUUGAAGAAAAAUUACUUCACGAACAUCUGUAAAACCUGCAGUUUCGGUACUUGGACUUCGCUGUGGAUCCCGGACUAAGUUUUGGAAGCCCCGUACAUCCCGGUGAGAUUGGAUGUCACUUGGCCAAAAGAUACAAAAGAGGACUGCUACAUUUUUAUCUCUGGUACAAGGGGACAUGAAUACCAGGAUGACCCAGGGCCGGUGUACCAGUGUGGGGAUACACUUACUAUUGGUCGUCGCUCUCAUUGCCUGUAGCUCGCAAUUGCUGGUGGAUGCGAACUCUUGGUGGUCUUUAGCAAUGAACCCUAUUCAGAGGCCGGAGAUGUACAUCAUCGGCGCUCAACCGCUCUGUAGUCAGUUGAGCGGACUUUCCCAAGGACAGAGAAAACUGUGCCAGCUGUAUCAGGACCAUAUGGUGUACAUAGGCGAGGGGGCCAAGACCGGCAUUAAGGAAUGUCAGUACCAGUUCAAACAGAGGCGAUGGAACUGCAGUACAGUGGACAACACGUCCGUGUUUGGACGAGUUAUGCAGAUAGGGAGCAGAGAGACGGCCUUCACCUACGCCAUCAGCGCGGCGGGGGUGGUGAACGCGGUGAGCCGGGCGUGCCGCGAGGGCGACCUCUCCACCUGCGGGUGCAGCCGGGCCGCGCGACCCCGCGACCUCCCGCGCGAUUGGCUGUGGGGCGGCUGCGGCGACAACGUCAACUACGGCUACCGCUUCGCGCGGGAGUUCGUGGACGCGCGCGAGCGGGAGAAGAACUACCCGAAGGGCUCCGAGGAGCACGCCCGCACCCUCAUGAACCUGCAGAACAACGAGGCCGGCCGGCAGGCCGUGUACAACCUGGCCAACGUGGCCUGCAAGUGCCACGGCGUGUCGGGCUCGUGCAGCCUGAAGACCUGCUGGCUGCAGCUGGCCGACUUCCGGCGGGUGGGCGACUUCCUGAAGGAGAAGUACGACAGCGCGGCGGCCAUGCGCAUCGGCCGCAAGGGCAAGCUGGAGCAGGUCAACAACCGCUUCAACACGCCCACGCCCGAGGACCUGGUCUACGUGGACACCAGCCCGGACUACUGCCUGCGCAACGAGACCACGGGCUCCCUGGGGACCCAGGGCCGCCUCUGCAACAAGACGUCGGAGGGCAUGGACGGCUGCGAGCUCAUGUGCUGCGGCCGCGGCUACGACCAGUUCAAGACCUACAAGCACGAGCGCUGCCACUGCAAGUUCCACUGGUGCUGCUACGUCAAGUGCAAGCGCUGCACCUCGCUGGUCGACCAGUUCGUCUGCAAGUAG